AUGGCAGACCUUGAUAGACAACUUGAGCAAUUGAGACGAGGAGAAAUCAUUACAGAACAAGAAGUGAAAGAACUAUGUACAAAAGCAAGAGAGAUAUUGAUUGAAGAAAGCAAUGUUCAAAGAGUAGAUGCUCCCGUCACUAUUUGUGGAGAUAUUCAUGGCCAAUUUCAUGAUUUAAAAGAGCUGUUUAGAGUGGGCGGUGAAUGCCCAGAUACAAAUUAUCUGUUCAUGGGCGAUUUUGUUGAUCGUGGCUACUAUUCAGUAGAGACAUUUCUGCUGCUACUAGCUCUUAAAGUGAGAUACCCUGACAAGAUUACAUUGAUUCGAGGCAACCACGAGAGUCGACAAAUCACACAAGUGUACGGGUUUUACGACGAAUGCACACGCAAGUUUGGAUCUGCUAAUGUCUGGCGAUAUUGCUGCGAAAUUUUUGACUACCUCAGUCUCAGUGCCAUUAUUGACGAUAAAGUAUUUUGCGUGCAUGGUGGAUUGUCACCCAGUAUCAAUACAUUAGACCAAAUCCGAACGAUUGAUAGAAAGCAAGAGGUACCUCACGACGGUGCCAUGUGUGAUUUACUUUGGUCAGAUCCAGAAGAAAUCGAUGGCUGGGGCUACAGUCCUCGAGGUGCAGGGUAUCUCUUUGGCGCAGAUGUAGUGGAGCAGUUUUUGCACAAGAACAAUUUGGAUUUCAUUGCUCGCGCACAUCAGUUGGUCAUGGAGGGAUAUAAGCCAAUGUUUAACAAUACCAUUGUUACCGUGUGGUCGGCACCUAACUACUGUUAUCGAUGUGGUAAUAUUGCUGCGAUAUUGAAGUUGGAUGAUUAUUUGGAAAAGGAGUACAAGCUGUUUGAGGCAGCGUCUCAGCAGGAUUUCCGUGGUACACCUCAAAAGAAGGCGUUGCCAGAUUACUUUUUAUAA